AUGGCUACCAAAAUUCAAGGCGACUCAAACGCCCCUCUCACAGAAGAGCCGAAGAUUCCGCCUCGAGAUAAGAACGUUUCUUGGUAUAGGGAAAAGCUCAAGGGCUUAAGUCCAGUUGCAAGAGAGAUGCUGGAGAAUUACAGCAAAAUCCCGCCGGGUGAAGUGGAGAGUCAUGUAUACAAGAUCCGCGACGAAGCCUGGGACGUCUUCCCAUAUCCCUGCAUCGGUGAAUUUCGCUUCCUCGAUUUGGCCAUCACCACCUCCCCUUCCUACCCCUCCAUUCUCAACCGCCUGAAGACCGGGCGGGAGACCUUUCUUGACCUAGGCUGCUGUUUUGGGCAAGAGCUUAGAAAAGUCGCAUAUGAUGGAGCAGUCCAGGAGAAUCUCUACGGUUCCGAUCUACGCUCCGAGUUCUUUGAGAUGGGGUACCGUCUUUUCCGCGACAGGGACACGUUGAAAAGUCGAUUCAUUCAAGCUGAUAUUUUUGACGAUGCAUCGGCAUUAUUUACUCCUGAAUUGCACGGCAAGAUCGAUAUCAUCUACGCUGCGUCAUUCCUGCAUCUUUUCGGAUACGAGCAGCAAGUUGAGGUGUGUAAGAGGUUGGUGGGGAUAUCGAGGGGAAAGGAGGGCUCGAUGGUGGUGGGGAGGCAGGUUGGGAGUUCGAGGGAGGGGGAGUAUGUGCAGAAGACUAAUGCAGGGGGAUCGAUGUAUAGGCAUAGUGCUGGGAGCUUUGAGAGAAUGUGGGAGAGGGUUGGAGAAGAGACGGGGACGAAGUGGAGGGUGGAGUGUGAGUUGAAGGCGUUUGAGUGGUUGAGUGAGGAUGAGCGGGAGGAGAGGGAGAAGAUGGAGCCGGGCUUGGGGAUGUUGAGAUUCUCUGUUAUUAGGGAAUAGAGCUCUGAAGGAUUGCAUUGUGAGUGUGGAGCUGUAAGCCCGAUCGAUGGUACAAAGACCGAUGAGAAGGCAUCUCGCUCGGAGGCCCAUGGAAAGUCAAAUUAAGGACAGACGCAGAGCCUCGGUAACUGUAUCCGCGGUGCCGAAUAACGAGAUAUUUUCGAAGAGGGACUGACGCAUAAUGAGAUUUCUUCUUAUUAGACUCACGCAUGCAUACUACACUCAAUAAAAUACAUCAACAUCUUCACUCGUUCACAGCCAAGACCAUGCAGAACCACAAACCGUCCGAGUCACCUCAGAAUCCAUCCCCUCGAUACCCAAAUCCAAGACCAUACCCAGUCGCAGGCAUUCCAAAUCUAGGAUCUCCAGUCACAGGAUCUCUGGUGCUGAUAUCACGUAGAUAGCCACUAUCUCUCGAGCAUACAGAGGCUCUGUUACUGCAAUCUUCUACUCCCGGUAGCGAUCUCUGCCGUGCUAUCUAUUCCCAGUCAACGGUAUCAUAAUGACAGUCAAGACUAUCAUUACAUCCAUGGAAAGGCUCGAUAUCUGAAGUGAAGGCAUUAUGAGUCGUGGCUGGGACGCUGUAGUGGAAUGACUGGUUAAAUGGGCCGCCAGGGCGAAAGAAAGUGGGGCUGUAGAGUCCGGAGACGGAGUCGGGAAUCCUAAACUGUUUUGAGGCGUGAGACCGAGAGGAUCUUUUGUGUACUCGGAUAGGGAAUUCCGAGGUGAUGGCAUCGUUCUCAUGGGAGUCUGUGUUAGAAGAAUAGUCCCCGUCGGUGCUAGAGUCGUCAUCUGUGCUCUCAGAGGGUUCUGGGUAGUCGGAGCAGCAGUAAUAGUGAGCCUGGCAAUGUUCCCUAAGCUGCGAGCUAAAUGGCGCAUCUUGGAGUGUUUCUUGUUGGCGACUGCUUUCUGGCAUGUUGCCCAUGGCUAUGAAGGCAUCUGUAGGUUUGUAAGUAUACAUGGUCUAUUGGAAGGUGCAAGAUCGCGUACCGUUGUAUCCACGUCGGUAGUCUUCGUCCUGUUUGAAUGACCAUGACGGGACGGACUGAGAUGCUGUGAAUGCAAAAUCUGGUUCGAUAGUCGGAUGUUGCUCUCUUGGGAAACGGAUCGUGGGGUCUGAGUUUGAAGAGCAAAGCUCAGAGUUGCAGCAUGAGUCUGUAUUCAUGAUUCUAGUAAGUAGCUGUACCUGAGGUGCGAGUUGGUUUGCUGGCAAUAAUGGAUCGAGAUGAUGAAGCGCUUAAAACUCUUGUAUUUCCGUCACUUGGUUGAUUUGAGGAAGUUGAAAAAUGUAUUUGGAACUCCUUGAUCUGUUAAAUACUCACGAAUUGAUGAUUUCAGAC